AUGGUGCGCGCGGUGCUCAAGAACUCGCGGGGGUUGGCAGCGCCGGGGGCGUCGAUCUACCGCGCCAUGCAUCCCGAUUGCGAUCGCCAAGCGUGCAAAGCUAUGGGGGUCACGGCCAAAAUUUACAUGGACGAAGCCAAGCGUCUCCGCCGCGACCGCGCUCGGGAGCUGAAGGGCCAGUGGCCAGUGCCCGACUUGCGCGAGCUCGGCGCGCCUCGCCCACACUUGUGGCUCGCGCUUCUCGGCGGCGCGGUCCAGCCAGAAGAACGAGCCGGAAAUGUGAACUGCCGCGCGCUGAAGCAGAGCGCCGGCGCAAUCAAGGCCGCCCCGACGAUCACCGACGAGAGCCUGUGCCUGUAG